AUGGCGACACCGCUGGGUGCAUCAGCGCCGCUGGGAGCGCCAGCGCCGCUGCUCUGGAGCUCAGGCCCUCAGCCGCACCAUGGGCGACCCGUUCUCCCCAGGUGGUCCAACCACUUGAACGGGCCAGCCACCCUCGUCCUCACCACGGUCGCCACACGCGCUACGUGCGGGGUGCGCGGGGCGGCACGCCGCGCACGCAAGAAGGCGGCAUCAGAUCUGCCAGAACCACCUCCAUUGCCAGACUUGCCACCCUUGCCGAAGAGGACAAGUGCGAAGGCCAAAGCAAGUGAAGCAGAGGAGUCACCUGAUGUGCCACCUUUACCACCGUUGCCUUCAUUUGCCAUCAGGGACGAUUCAGAGGAACAACAGCCAAGUGCAGCAGAGGAGCUGCCUGAUGUGCCACCUUUACCACCGUUGCCUUCAUUUGCCGUCAGGCUUGGUGACAUUAAUGCGACAAAGGGCCCAAUCUUGCAAAUGAUUGAUGAAGCUUGUUUUUCAGCCAGGGACGAUUCAGAGGAACAACAGCCAAGUGCAGCAGAGGAAUUGCCUGAACUGCCUCCACUGAACUUACAAAGCGACGAGGAAUUGGAACUGGACAAUGAAGAGCAGAAAAACAGGAAGGAGGCGGAGCGUCGGGAGAAGUUGCGGUUCUUGGGCCCCACGGCCCGCGUCUGGGCGCUGGACCCAGCGCGACCAGUGCCGCGGGAGUUCUACAUGCUUCAACGCAAAGACGAGGAACCUCGGCCUUUGGCCUGGGAGGAGGCCCGGAUUGACUUCUUACCGCUGGGUGAGACGGUGCGUGGUGUGGUGGAAGAGAUCAGGCCCUAUGGUAGCUUCAUUGGCCUGGUGAUGUGUGGCAUGGAGGAACACGGCGGCCCUUCACUUCAGCGUCCCCUCCGCUUUGGCGAGGACUCUGGAAUUCGUUGCUUUUGCGAAGAGUUGCAGGUCUCAAAUGACCGAGCCCAACUCCAGGUGGGAGAACAAGUGGCCGUGAAGAUCCUCCAAGUGGACCAGCAGACCAAGAGGGUGCAGAGCCUCCUUGGCCGCCGCCUAGAGAACCUGUCCUUCAUUCGCGCCUCGGAUGCUGGAGUAUGGAUUGGAAAAGGCAAGAUGGCUCAUGGACGGCUUAGGCGAGCAGCUCGGUCUAGGUCAACGACCGGAGACGAGGUGAUCGAAUGGCUUCCGCAUGAGGCCUUUGGCUCGGAGAAGGUCGGCUCCAUGCGAACAACAUGGAGCGACCAACAUCGUGUGGGCGCAGAUGACCAACCCGCGGCACCGCAUGCAUCCCAACCCUCCUCCUCCGCCUGCAUGCAUCCCGUGAUGCGCCAUGCCUUCACUCCACUGCCCCGCGCGACCACGACCGCGGCGCGCGGCGCGCUGUCCGGCGCCCCGCGCGGCGCAGAAGCGCCGGCGCAGCAGGUGCCGUUGCUGCGCUGCGUGGCGUUGGCGGGUGGCUCGGUGCGGGCGGCGCGGCGGCUCGUGGCACAAAAGCGGGUGUACAUCAAUGGGCGGCGUGCUGAUGAUGAGACUUUGUUGGUGGACAAUGCCGACGUUGUGACCAUCCUCAAAAUCUCCAAGGGCAGUGCGGUGCAUGUUCCUACACCUCCCAGGAAGCUCUACAAGCCCUAUGGUGUCCUUUGCUCCCAGGUCCGCGACCGCGCGGAUGCCCAACUAGUGGCGGACUUCUACCCCACUGGCGCGGAGCAGACCUGCCACAACGUGGGGCGAUUGGACCUGCGCAGCGAAGGCCUAUUGCUUUUUACCUCUGAUGGCUUCUUUACCCGCUCAGUCUUGAUGCCCGAAACGCACAUCGAGAAGGAGUACGUGGUGAAGCUGCGCAUGCUGGAUGCGUCGUGUUCCUUCAAGUGCCCCGGCCAUGAGGAACUCAGCCGCUUGCGCGAGGGCAUCGACCUAGGCGAUGGCAAGGACUUGGCCGUGGCCCUGUCGGCCGAGCUACUGCGCUGUGACGCUGACGAGCGCUCCGCCCUGCUGCGGCUGGUGGUGUCCAACGGCCGGUACCACCUGGUGCGACGGAUGUGCUCCGCUUUAGGCUACCGCUGCGAACGCCUCCUCCGCACACGCGUGGGCAGCAUCACCGGCGUGCAGCCCGACGUCCUUCUGCGCGACGACGAUGCGGCGCCGAUGUCGUCCGCGGGACGUCCCGCGUCCGAGGCUGAGGACCUACAGCCCGGCGAGUAUGCGCCCCUGAGCCCUGAAGAGGUUAAGGUGCUUUGUGCGAUCACUUCCCGCAAGAGUGCCCUGCCUCGGGAGCCUCAGGAGUUCUCGCGAGUGUUGCACACCUUUGGCACCGAUACCGCCAACUGGGAAGAGCGGCAAUGCGUGAGCCGCGAUGCCGUGCGAGAUCCCUUUACUUCGCCCUUCAAGCACCAGGGGCGGAACCCCGAAGAGGAGUUAGGCAUCAACCUGCAAAACCGCGAGCCCAUCGUGGGCCGAAAGCUCACGAACAACGAGGCACUGGCACGGGCGCGCAGGGUGAUCAUCUCCGCCAAGGCGCAUCGUGAAAUGACCUGGGACAAGGUCUUUGCCGCGGCCGACGUGGACAGGUCCGGAUCCUUAGACGUCAAGGAGCUGAAGCAGGCGGUCCGCUCGUCGUUGCGGAUUUCCCCGCAGACGUUACCGGACCACGACCUGCACCUGCUUUUCGAGGCCAUCGACCAUGAUAACAGCGGGCUGGUCGAGCUGACGGAGCUCCUGCAGUACGUCUCGCACGGUGCGAAGCGGGAUGAUCAGCAAGAGCUCUUCCGGAAGAAGACAGCCCGUGUGCGACGGACCAUGAACUUGGCCUUCCGGAAGUACACCGCAUCACACUCUGCAAUCACUGAGCUGUUCGCAAACAUCGACGCGGGCGGCGAUGGCAAGAUCUCCUUGGCGGAGUUCAUGUACUUCGCACGGAUGAACCUGAAGCUCAGCGCCUACGACGUAGGGGAUAUGGAACUGAAGCAGUUCUACAAAGGUAUGGAUCCCGAUGGCGACGGGGUGGAUCCCAAGGAGCUUUUGAAGUUCAUCAAGGAGCAGCACGCUGAGCUUUCCGGGCGCAAGGCCUUCUCCUUCAUGGACGGCGCUGCCCGCGAUGCGAAGAAGGAGCCCUGGAAGCAACGGAACCCCUUCGAGCGGUUGAGCAGUCAGACGCCCAGCUGCGUCUUCGUGAAUUUGGGACGCAUCAAGUCGCCGCACAUGCGCUUGGCCAUCUCGUGA